AUGUUCGCCUUGGCACAGCGGGGCGCUCGCGCUCAUGCGCCUCCACUCGCACGCGGAUUCAAUAGUGCUCGCAACCACAUUCCCGUGAUCCGCUCCCUUGGCCAGAUGCGCAGGUGGCGUGCGCAGGCCCGCUCCCUCGGCCUCGAGGUCGGCCUCAUUCCAACCAUGGGCGCGUUACACGAUGGACACUUGAACCUCGUGAGGGCGAGUGUGAACCGUCAUCCAUUGACGGUCAUGUCGCUGUUCGUAAACCCAACCCAGUUUGCGCCUCACGAGGAUCUGAAUGCUUAUCCACGCACGUUUGAGAGUGACAUGGAUAAGUUGCGCGGGUUGUUGCGCCAGGGACCAGCCGCUGUUAUUCACGGGUUGGGUAUUAGCGAGUACGACCGCCGACUGCCCAAGCAGAACCCCGGCCCGCCGCAGGGCGAGAGCCCGCUCGUCGUCUUUGCCCCGACAGUCGAUACCAUGUACCCUCUCCGUGGCGAGCUGCAGAACUUGACUGAGCACAAGGGUGCGACAAUCCACGUUAAAGGAUGGGGCGACGUCAUGGAGGGCGCAUCACGCCCCCAGUUCUUCACCGGCGUCUCAACAGUGUGCACCAAGCUGUUCAACGCUGUCGAGCCGGAUCACGCCUACUUUGGCCAAAAGGAUAUCCAGCAGGCUCUGCUGCUCAAAAUUCUCCAACAGGACCUCCUCUCCUCCCACCCCCCUCCUGAGAACCUCCACAUCCUCCCGACAACGCGUGACAAGGACACUGGCCUUGCCCUCUCCAGCCGCAACUCAUACCUCUCCGAGCCGGAACUCAAGGUGGCUCCCGUCUUACAGCGGGCAUUAAAAGCGGCCAGCAGCGCAUGGGACAACUGUGCGAGUGGCUCGACCAUGAUCGAGGUCGCGAAUCGCGUGGUUGCCGAGGAACAGGAGCGUAUCCGCAACGAGGGGGAGGACGUCGUCCUCACGCCCGACUACUUUGAGGUGUUUGACCGGCAGACGUUUGCACCGUUCCGCGGGACGCCGACUGGCGAGGACAAGCUCGUCAUUUCGGGCGCGUUGCGGGUUGGCAAGACGCGUCUGAUUGAUAACCUCCUCCUUGGGUGGGAUGCCGAGGCGCUGGACGUGUCGAACGAUGUCUAA